AUGCACCAUCUUCAUGGAUUAAUGCUUUUCAUGGAUUAUUGUGAAAUUUAUCCGAUGUGGGCACGAAGUAUUUCUGUUAGCAUUGCUGCAUUUUGCAAUUGGUUAUUUGAUAUUAUUGCUUCAACGUCUUUCACUUUACUGAUUAGAAAUAUUGGAAGAGAUUAUGAGCAAAUUGUUGUAUCAAAUAAUCAGAAAACGAGUUUAUAG